AUGUCCACGGAAGCGAUCUCAAAACUUAGGGUUUUAAGCGUUGGUAGCAAUGCAACUUCUGCUUUUAUGGGCUGGCGCUUAUCGGAAAGCCAAGCUUGCCAUACAAGUCUUAUUUGGCGUAAUCGAAGUGAAAGCGUAAUGUCUGAAGGCAUCCGUAUUCGUUCGAGCGUCUUUGGUUCUACUAAAUGGAAACCUGAUGUUGUCGUCCCUACAAUUGAACAACUAGUAACAAAUGACGAACCUUUUGAUUAUGUGUUUGUAUGCCUAAAAAUUAUUCCUUCUGUUUAUGAUCUAGGAACUGCCAUAAAAGACGUUGUUACCCCUGGUCAUACCUGUGUCGUUUUAAAUACUACCGGGAUCGUUGGCGCUGAAAAGAGUAUACAGGAAACCUUUCCAAAUAAUCCUAUUAUUUCUUUCGUUAUUCAGGACCAGUUUACCCAGAGAGGGCCAUUGCAAUUUGAACAUACUGCAUUCGCUGCUGAUACCGCUAGUAGUGUAAUGUAUUUAGGGUUAACUGAUGAGGAAGAUGAAAUCCCAGACUCAGUUCAAGACGCCAUGAUUGAGACAUUAACAUUAACUCUGGAAGCAGGUGGUGUAUCUUGCACAUUCUUACCUAAAAUCCAGCAAAAACAAUGGGAAACAGGAAUUGGUCAUAUGGCCUUUUUUCCAGUUUCUAUAUUAAAUGAAGAACCAAAUUUGUCUUUAAUUUAUAGAGCAAAGCCUUUUGUGAAAGUCAUAGAUGGUAUAAUGAACGAAGCAUUUUCCAUUGCUGCGACACAAGGUUGUGAUUUUCCUACGGAAAAACGAGAAUCAUUGAAACGAUUUAUUGUGAAUCGAAUGUUAGCAGCACCCCGUCCCUCAUACAUAUUUCAGGAUUAUUUAGCUCGUCGUCCUUUGGAAGUCGAGGUGUUGUUGGGAUACCCGGUCGAAAUUGCGGAACAACAUAAAGUAUCAGUGCCCUACAUGGAAACCGUUUAUGCUCUAUUUGAAGCAAAAGCUAAAAAAAAUCUUACUUCCACUCCAGCUGUUCCUCAGCCUAUUCCAGCUAUGCCAUCAAGCCGUAUAUCACCACCUGGUUUAACCGCGCGAUCCCCAUCGCGCUCCACUGUGGGUACGUCAACAAGAAUGGGUAGCAUGGAUGAUCUCUUGAGCAAGCGACAAUUUGCCUCUCCACCGGCUUUUCAUGCGCCCUCUAGUCGUUCAAUGUAUAAAAUUCCAAGUGCGUCCAUGGUUAAUUUAUCUUCGCCCGUUGUCACUUCACCAGCAGGCCUUGGAGGUAGAGCAAUGCCAACACGAUUUACAGGACGGAAUAUGCGCGGAAGCCCGUUCACCAUGAACAAAGCCGGGUCGGUGUCAGAUAUUCUUAGUAUGUCGGAUGGAAUGGUUCCUAACGAUCCCAGUGAAACUGCGUCGGUUGCAGGAGAAGCACCUUCUUUUGAUAUGCUCACGUUGACGCAACGAAGGAAUCGAAGAAACUCUCAAAUGUCCUCGAGUUCCAUGGGUAUUCCAUCGAGCGCAUCGUCUUCGAGUGAUCGCCGUUCUACUUGGACUGGCCGUCCACCACCUCAUAAGGGCAUAAGUGAACCAGUCAUUCCAAUUUUAGAAGACCCGAUGACAGCUUUAUAUGACACGAGUCGUUAUCCAACAAGGCCUCCAGGUAGCAGCACGUCGUCACUGAAUGGAAAUCCUACUCCCAAACCGACUCGACCACCUUCGAUUGCAUCCACAUCUACUACUCCUCGAAAAUUUGGCUAA